AUGACUGUCACACAUCGCAAGAGACAGCACCAGCCAGAAGAGAUACAAACGGUGAACGAACCUGGUCUCCAGAUUCAAUGUGACGGUUGUUUAUGCGAUCUCACACACUCCAUCCGGAUAAAAUGUGCCGAUCCUAUCUGUGAGCCUGGCGAUGGCGUCGACAUCUGUCCCGCGUGCUUCUGCAGCGGGAAAGAGUUUGCGAAGCAUAAACGGUGGCAUGACUACCGUGUGGUCGAAUUGCAUUCAUACCCUAUUUUCUCCGACGAUUGGGGAGCCGACGAAGAGCUACUCCUUUUGGAGGGCAUUUCCUUGCAAGGCCUGGGAAACUGGCAAGCAAUCGCUGAGCACGUCGGCACGCGUACGAAGGAGGAAGUCGAAGCGCAUUACAACUCAGUAUACAUAGACUCUCCAAAUUGGCCGCUGCCUCGCAUGGACCUCGAAUUCAACAUCGAUCCCUCCGAAUUUCAGGAACGGAAGCGCCGCCGCAUCUCCACCAUGAACACUAAUCCUCCCCCAGCUCCAAAGAUCGCUCCCACGUCUGCCCCAGGUGUACAUGAAGUCGCCACUUUCUUGCCCGGGCGACUCGAGUUUGAACAUGAACUGGACAACGAAGCCGAGGAUCUCGUCAAGGACCUGGAGUUCGGCGUCUGUCUGGAAUGGGGCGGCGACGAGAUCGCGGAGGAUGAGAACGAUCCCGAUGUCCGCGCGAGGGCCCGUUGGGAAGAGGAACAGAAAGCCAAGGAAGCUACCCCCGGAAAGCGUAUUCCUAACGGGUUGAUCAAUGGUAUCUUGAACGGCGAGCACUCCAAUGGCGACACGCCGAAGCGGGGUGUCCAUGGGAAGUCGGAAGACGGCGCUAAGAACGAGAAUAUCACCGCCGAUGGUGAGGCGGAAGUGGAGGAAGUGACACAGCCGCCACCCAUCGAGAAUACCGACUCUCUUGCAUUCAAAUUGUCCUUGAUUGAGAUGUAUCACCAGCGGGUGGCGAAACGCCACGAGUACAAACAGAUCAUGUUCGAUAGAGGUCUUCUGAACCACAAGCAGAUGCAAGCGGCGGAUAAGAAGCGACCAAAAGAUGACAAAGAAAUCGUGCACCGCCUUCGCCCAUUCGCUCGCUUGCAGACUGCCUCGGAUUUCGAAGUUUUCACUGCGGAUAUCCUUUACGAGGCGGUCCUCAGAAAGAGGAUCCAGGAACUGCAGCACUACCGCAGGAUGGGCUUGACCACCGCUGCGGACAUCGAGAAGUACGAGGCGGAUGUUAUUAAACGGGCGUCAGUGAAAGCGAAUCUGACUCGCGACUACUAUUCGUCGGAUCGCCUGCAACUUCGCCCUGGAGGGCGCCAGUCCUCUGGCCCUGAUGCCCGCCGCUCAAGCAUGCCUGACGCUGACGGCCGCAAGAGUCACGAACGGGAGAUGACGCCGAAACUUCCCAUGGUCCCCAACGUCGCAGGUGUCGGCCCACCCGGACGCAAAAUGCCUGCGCCCCUCAAUCUUGCCAACAGCCCCUCCCUUCACUUGCUCACCCCAGAGGAGCAGACCCUCUGUUCCUCUCUACGGAUCCUGCCCAAGUCGUACCUGAUCAUCAAGGAGACACUCGUACGCGAAUACGCAAGGCGCGGCGGGAAGCUGCGGAGGCGCGAGGCACGCGAUCUCGUCAAAAUCGACGUGAACAAGACGAGUCGAGUGUGGGACUUCCUGGUUCAGGCCGGGUUCCUCAGGGUCGGGGCUACCGACCCUACGCUCACGGCGCCCAACGGUGCCGACAUGAGUCGACCGUCGGCAACACCAUCGCUGAGCGCUUCGCCGAGUAAGGAGUCGCAGGCACUGGUCUCGACCAGACCGCCGCCGUUCACCACUGUUCCAACCAACAUGGUAUACUCCUUCACUCCAUUCUCCACAAGUUCUGCACUGCCAGGCCCAUCAUGGCCACCUGGCUGA